CAUGGCAACAGUCCUUGGCAACCGUCCUUAGCAACCGCGAGCGGACCGGACCGGACCGGACGAUGCUCAAGGCCAAGAUCCUGUUCGUAGGCCCCAGCGAGAGCGGGAAAACCAUCCUGGCCAACUUUCUGACUGACUCCUCGGAUAUAACGGAGUACAACCCGACGCAGGGAGUCAGGAUCUUGGAGUUUGAGAAUCCCCAGGUGACCAACCAAGGCACAGUAUGUGAAUUCCAGCUGUGGGACUGUGGAGGAGAUCGAAAGUUUGAGUCCUGUUGGCCGGCCCUCAUGAAGGACUCUCACGGCGUGGUGAUCGUCUUCAACGCGGACGUUCCCAGUCACCUGAGGGAGAUCGAGAUGUGGCACUCCUGCUUCAUCCAGCAGCAGCUGCUUCCCGACGCCCAGUGCCUCCUCAUCGCCCACCGCAAGCCCGGCUCCGGCCCCGGCUCCGGCGGGGACCAGGGCAACGGGACCCUGUUGCUGGCUUCUCCGCUGAACAGUCUGAAGCUCGUCCACUCAGACCUGGAGGAGGAGCCCGAAGAGAUCCGCACGGAGUUCACCAAGUACCUCAGGAGCGUCGUCAACUCCCUGUCCGAGUGCCAAGACAAGGAAGAGCUGGCCAUUAUCGCCUAACCCGGAAAAUCAGCUGGUAGGGCCCGCCCCGGAUCGACCGAUUGACCGGGAAAUUAGCCCGACCCCAGGUAACGUUCAUGUAGUAUGGGUACCUGUCAACACCAUCCUCUCGCUUGGCCAUCUUUCCUCCUGGCCCAGGAGGAAAGGGAAAUCUCCCGGAGGUGAGGAAGAAAUCCCCCCCGACCCCAAAAGCCUGAUGACUUAGAAGGCAGAAUCCACCUUGUCUUGUCCCUUCCCGACCCGGAAACCUCCGGGCCAUCUGGCCGAAGACCGGUCUCAGAUCCCCGUCGGAAAACUCAAACAUCGAGUUUCGUUUUCCUUGGCUAAUCUUGGGAGGAGGGACUUUUGACUAGUCUUAUCCCGGGAUCUGUUCCAGUAGUUGCAACACUGGUUUGAACACGGUGGUGUUGCUUUGUGUUUGUUGUUUUGCGUUUUGUUCUUUUUUUUUUUUGAAUUCACAAGGAAAAGCGGCCAUUAAACAUUUCGUUCGAAACCAUU